AAUGUCUGUAUGAAUUGCACACAUGACGUUUAAUUUGAAAUCAUUAGGAAAAUCAUAUUCGAAAACCCCGAAAAUCAACAAGAUUUCGGUAGACUAAAUUAUGAAGUGAAUUUUUCCCUGAAGUUGCUCACAUAAAAUAACACAAAGAAAGUGCUGUGAUAUUCGUUACGAACUUUGAAAAUUUGACUUGUUUUGUGAAAACCGUUAACAUAGUCUGAUCGUGUUUUUCGACUCAAAAACAGGAAUCGAGAUGAAUUCUUCAGAGUUGGAUGGAUUUGGUGGUCCAGAACCUAAAUAUUUCAGAGGAUCCAACACUAGGAAGAUGUCAACCGAUGUCCGUUCAAAAGCUAGCACUACUUCUAGGAAUUCAUCUGUGUUGAGUACAAAUAGUGGACCAGAAUCUAAAUAUUAUAAAAUGAAAAAGUUAGUCAUUGCAAUCAAAGAAUAUUUACAAAAUAGUACUGAAGAAAUAGGAAGUUUAGUAAACAGAUAUUUACAAGCAUUAAGUGUGACAAUAGAUUUGAGCAUAUUCGAUCCACACACAAACAUUGCUUCUGAAUUUUUUGUUAGUUUAUAUGAACUCAUGAGUAAAAUAGAACCCAGAUCUCAAUUUACCUGGCACUGCGUUGAUGUUUUAAGCAACGCUUGCAGAAAUUCAGCAGCCAGAUUAGCCCUGAUUCACACCUACCAGUUUCUACCAUCAUUAUCAAGAAUAUUAGGAGAUCAGAUCACCACAGAAAAAAAAAUUAGGCUUUUAAAACUCAUGCAGGACUUGACUUGUGGCAUAAAAAUAUCGUGGCAAAUCCCUCAUUUACCCCAUUUAAUUGUAACUUUAGCCAAGUGGGUUGAAAACCAAGAUGAAGAAAUUGUGGCUCUUUCACUUGGAGUACUUGUGAAUUUAUGUUACAAAAAUUUACCAGCAAUAUAUACCCUCACUUCAAACGUGAACAUAAAGAAAUUGAUGAGAACAUGCCUCACAAUGAAGGGUGCAAUUGUCGAAGCUCACGCAUGUAAGCUGUUGAUAAUAUGUGAUCUCAUGGAUGAAAUAGGACCUGCUAAGAAUAUGCUGAAAUUGGUAAACAUAACCUUCACAUCUAUAAAGAAAGCUUUCGAAAGUAGGGACCAUGUGCUCUUAAGACAACUUGUCGAGUUUUAUAUAGACGUGAAAAAGCAAAAUCCUGACGAGCAAAAUGAAGAACUGGCAGAGAUAUAUGAGAGAGAAGUUAAAGAUCUUCUUGAGGUGUUACAAAGAACCGUGGCUUCAGCGAGCACAGAAGAGGGCCAAGGAGAUAUUUACAAUUUGGGGGAAUGCAUAGCACUACUAUUCCAGUUCAUCCACCACUUGGUAGAAGCGAAUAUGCAAUGCCUCAAACAGUUCAAUCCGAAGUUCAUACAAUUGAGUCUCGACUGGAUACAGAGUGAUGUAGUUUCCCCUCAGUCUAUAGCAAUUUUGAAAGCCAUCGCUAUCAGGACUCCCCCCGGUGAUACGAACAUUUUAAAACCCAUAGGCAUCAGUUUACCUGUGUUUUUACUUGCCCUCGAGUCCGGAAGUCAAGAAGACGUACCAACGCAUACUGAACACAACAGGAAAAUUGGGGCACUGUUGGAAUUGUUGAGGGUGCUGAUGAAAGUGGACCACCUCAAAGCAAAGAUCUUGAUCGAAAUGAAGGAAGAAACGAUAUGCAAGGUGUUUUACCCACUGAUCGGAGACGAUUCCCCACGUUUGAGAGCGAACAACUUGAACACUUGUUCGGAAGAAGCUGUAAACCUGUACAUUCAUGCUGUGGCUUUGGUGGACGAACUUGCCAAAAACAGUGUCAACUGGGUAUCGAUAAGAGAGAAUUUACUACAGCAAAGACAAAUACAUUACGUCCUGUCUCAAGCCUUAUACAGCGGUCCCAAAGAAAUCAAGGCGCUCAUCUUGGAAAUGGCAAGUCUGGAGAGCUUCCCCAAACACAACGUAGCUGAAGCGAUGAGCUCCAUGCAAAGCCUGGUGUCUCUAACCUCUCCACCACCUUCUAAAAGCAAUCACAUCAUCAACGAGAUAUCUACCCCAGUUCUAUCGGUUACGCAGGUGGAGAAAUUGGAUGGCUUCUUAACCAAACUCAAGGACGUAAUAGCCAAUAGAAAUUUCGUGGACAUCUCCACAUCUGAUGUGAUGGAAUUGUACGAGUACAAACUGGCCUCGAUGGGACACGCUGAAAGGGCUGCUAUGGCAAGCGUGGAGGCUGCAUCGGAAAGGUGCACACACCUGCAACACAGAACGGCACAGCUCACUGCCGAGAUGAACAGGCUGCACCAGCUGCUGUUCCACACGCAGCAGAGGCACGAGGAGAUCACCAAAAUGAAGAAGCAACUCGAGGAAGUCGUCCAGCUGAGGACGAAUUCUUUCGAAGCAGAAAAGGGCAGGUGCAAAGCCGUUCAAAGCAGAUUGGCCCAUGAGGAAAAAAAGAGUGCCAAAUUGCAAGAAGAUCUAGAUGACGCUACAAAAAAACUAGGAGAUGUUAUUGCUUCUAAAGAUCAGUUGGAGGAGCAACAGACAAAACUGAAACAUCUUGUGUCGAAAUUAGAGGAGAACUGUUCGAGACUGGAAAAGAAUCUGCUGAAGAAAGAGGAGGCUUUGAAGAAGUCCACUUCUCAAAUAGAAGAUUUGAAGAUGCAAAUAAGAGAAUUGGAACAGCAACUAAUGCACAAGAAUGAAUUGUUGGAAAGCAAGAAUGAUGAGCUCCAUGAAGCUCUAGAAGAUUUGAAAGUCAGGAAACAGAUAAUUGAUACCAUAACAAAAGUAGCUCAACAACGUAAAUAAGACUGAGGAAGAUACAAGUCACAUUUUGUAAAUAUUUGUAGAUUUUAGCAUUUAUUUAAAAACUCAUCAAUUUUGUCUAGAUAUUGUUUUUGCAAUGAUCAAAUAAUAAUUGACUUUUACACAAUUUA